AAAUUGGCCCCUCCCCCCGCGUCUGCUCCGCCAUUUUCCUAAAAGCCAACAGUUCUCUGUGCAGUUACCGUACAGUUUCUCUGUCUGGUAAUACCAGCUUUCUUGAUUUUUCCUUUACAAAUUCAGGUUUGCUAAAACCUUCAUCAGCGCAUCAAAAAUGUCGAGCGAGCAGGGCGACAACAAUACCGAGACAACUACCGAGCAGCAGCAGCAGCAGCAGCAGGAAGAAAUCAACGGAAAACCCAAGAAUGGGUCCAGUUCCAGCAGGAAGGAGAGACCCCCUAAGAGAGGUGGAGGUGGUCGCUUUGAACCUUAUGGCAACUUGAACAAGAGAUACCGAGUGUUUGUCAGCAACAUCCCCUACGACGUGAAAUGGCAAGCCCUCAAGGACCUAAUGAAAGAGAAAGUGGGUGAUGUAACGUACGUGGAUCACUUAAUGGACGCAGAAGGCAAAUCGAGGGGUUGUGCUGUUGUUGAGUUCAGGACGGAAGAACUUAUGAGGAAGGCGGUGGAAACUGUCAACAAGUACAACUUCAAUGGCCGUCCUCUUAAAGUCAAGGAGGACCCUGAUGGUGUCAUUGCUCAAAGAGAGAUAAGCAAGUCUCAACAGGGAGGUCACCCAGGAGGCCAUGGAGGAAUGGGGGGCAUGGGAGGAAUGGGCGGUAUGGGAGGUAUGGGAGGAAUGGGGGGCAUGGAUCGCAUGGGACCUGGAUCAGGAGGCCCGAUGGUCAACAUCCCUCCCAGCCUGUUGAACAACCCCAACAUCCCCAAUGAAAUCAUUCAUGGUCUUCAGACUGGCAGGAUUGGAAGCACUGUAUUUGUAGCCAAUCUGGAUUACAAAGUGGGAUGGAAGAAGCUGAAAGAGGUAUUCGGCAUGGCAGGUGUUGUCGUGAGGUCGGACAUAUUGGAGGACAGGGAUGGGAAAAGCAGAGGAAUGGGCACUGUGACGUUUGAAAUGCCCAUUGAGGCAGUCCAAGCUGUCUCUAUGUUCAACGGGCAGCUCCUGUUUAACAGGACCAUGCACGUCAAGCUGGAUGAGAAAUCCCUCCCCAAAGAUUUCGGACAACCAGAUAGAGGGUCCUCUCUUCCCCGUGGACUGAGUGGUAUUGGUUUAGGCCUGGGUCCCGGUGGUCAGCCAAUUGAUGCUACCAUGCUCAACAGAGGCGGCGGCAACGUUGGUGGGAUGGGAAACAUGGGCCCCGGAGGAAUGGACAACAUGGGAUUUGGCAAUGUGGGCGGUCGCAUGGGAGGAGGAAUGGACAACUUUGGUGGAAUGAACAUGGAUCGGUUCGGUUCCUCUGGAAUGGGCAGAAUGAAUGAGGUGGACCGUGGGAUUGGUGGUGCUAUUGACAGGGAAUUUGGGCGAAAUGAAAUGGGGAUGUCUCGCAAUAAUUUUGGAGACUCCUUUGAAAGAGGAAUGGGAAAUUCCCUUGGGAUGGACCGCAUGAGCUCUGGAAUGGACCGGCUAGGAGGCAGCUUGGACCGGAUGGGAGGGAUGGAUCGGAUGGGCAUGGAGCGGGUUGAUCGUGUGUCUGACCUGGACAGGAUGGGGUCCGGGUUUGACCGCAUCGGCUCUGGGAUGGACCGCCUUGGGCCAGGGAUGGACAGGCUUGGACCGGGCCUUGACCGUAUGUCAUCAAGCAUGGACCGCCUCGGCCCUGGAGGAUUUGAUCGACUUGGCCCAUCUAGUUUGGAUCGCAUGGGGAGCAGCAUGGACUUUGGCUCCUCCAUGGGUAUGGAUCGCAUGGGCAACACCGGGCUCGACAGGAUGGGAAGCAGCUUCGAUCGCAUGGGAUCUGCCGGAGGACUGGACCGUUUCUCUUCUGGUGGCCUUGACCGUAUGGGCACUGGCAUGGAGCGCAUGGGAUCUGGCAGUGUUGGCGGUCAGUUUGACCGCUCCGGAGAUAUGGAUCGUGGAUUUGGUGGGAAUUCCUUUGGAGCAGCUGGAGCCGGAGGACCCGGAAGUGGUGGAGCAAACAUGAGGAAGGGAUGCCAGAUCUUUGUUAGAAAUCUGCCUUUUGAUUUCACUUGGAAAAUGCUGAAGGAUACCUUUAAUACAUGUGGUAUGGUUCAGUAUGCUGAUAUUAAAAUGGAAAAUGGAAAAUCCAAGGGCUGUGGUAUGGUCCGUUUUGACAACCCCGAAACUGCUGAGCGCGCCUGCAGAACCAUGAACGGCUAUCGCCUGAACGGAAGAGAAAUCGACGUUAGGAUUGAUAGGAAUGCUUAAUUCACAUGUCUGUGUUGCAUCAGAUUUAGUCCAUGAUGUUUAAAACGAUCUGCAUUAUCAGAUUUGUCUUUCCAGUAUACUUUGUUUAGGACAUAUUUGUAGAAUUUCAUGUUUUAGUUUCACCUUUUUAGUUAGCAAAUUAUAGCAAUGAAUGUGUUUUUAGUUUUUGGUUAUUGUACUUUUUAGUGACCAAACUUUUAAUUUUUUUUCUGUCAUGCAUCACCUGUCAUUGCCUUUGAUCUGUGAGGUGUUU